AUGGACAUAAGAGUUGUUGUUAUUGUGUUUGAGUUUGAGAUUGAUAUUGAUAUUGAGAUAAUGCUUUUUGCGAUUCUUUAUGCAACUCUAAUCUUGUUCCAUCGAAAUAACACUCGCAUAUCCACUGCUGACAAGGUUGAAGCUUUAUUUGAAUUAAUAAAAGGACGUAUAUUGGAUUUGGAUGGAACAUCUGAGGUUGGGGAUCGACCAAGAAGAAUUCAGUUUAGAGGACUUACUCAUACUACCGUAAAAUCCAUUGCCGAGUUUCAGAAUUUAUACAUCAUAUCAUGUUCUGCACACACGGCUGCACCCCAAAAGAGGAGUAUGUUUAUACAGACGCAGUCCACUCCAAAUACAGAAUCUCUCAUGUUUCAUCCCAAUGCUUCCUGGGAAUUUCUUAAGCCGGAAAUAUUUGCUGCUAUUAUGGAUUUCUACUCCUCCGGUGAACCUCUCUUUCUAGAUUCUCAAGCUACUGCAUCGAAAGACACCGCAAUUCACGAUGAUGAUUCUGAAACAGUUGCAAUGAUCAAGGAACUCUUAGAGACUCGUAUUUGACCAGCUGUACAAGAUGAUGGGGACAUUGUAUAUUGUGGUUUUGACCCAGAUACCGGGAUAGUCAAACUUAAAAUGCAAGGAGCGUGUAGUGGCUGCCCAAGUUCUUCAGUGACUCUGAAAUCAGGCAUUGAGAAUAUGCUGAUGCAUUAUGUACCGGAGGUUAAAGGCGUGGAACAAGAAAUGGAUGCCAAGGAUGAGGAAGCAGAAUUAAGUGGACAAGUGGAGUAGUUGAUCUUGUAUUUUUCUGUAGUUGCGGUCUGCAUUUAAUCUUAACAUUUCAUACUCAACAGAGAAUUCAAUGUACGACAGCAGUACAUGAUGGGGACACAAAUGAAUGUAUACAAAAAAUUAAUAGUAUUUAAUAAGUUGUGAGUUGGAUAAAUUGC